UAUAAGUAGGUUGUUAGUUGACACAAAAAAAGGAAAGCAAUAAGACAAGAAAAUACAAAACACAUAGAAGCCGAUGGAGCACAAGGGCGAAGUGAACCUCAAGCGGGUGGCCGCCUUCUUCCGAAGGAGCUCCACUGGACCCGUGUGCCGGGUGCAGUCCACCUCGGACAUCGAGCCCUGGCAGGUCUCGAAGGCGUACUUCACGCUGAUCACAUACUUGAACGACGUGAGCACCGAGAUACAGGGAAUACGGAACACCGACUCCUUUCCGAUCAGCCAGAACAUUCGCCGACUGACGGCCAUCUUCGACAAACUGGAGGUCAUGAUCCAGACCAAUCCGCCGGCGCCCGUGGUCCAAGCUUCCACUGUCAGUGCCUCCCUGGAGCCGGGUAACAAGGGCUACCGGCGGUGGGCACACUGCAUGCUGAGGGACAUUUACCAGAUGGUGGAGAAGGCGGUGCCGGCCAGCAAAUGCAGGCACGUGAACGAACUGGGGGUGUACUUGUCGGGCGCCUUCGGCAGCUCCACCAAAAUCGAGUACGGAACUGGGCACGAGCUGAGCUUCCUGUUCUUCGUGUGCGCCCUUUUUAGGGCGGAGAUCCUGACCAGGGAGGAGGACUUGGCCGCCUCGGCUCUGGUUCUCUUCGAUCGCUACCUGAAGUUCGUGCGCCGGCUGCAGGUGACCUAUUCGGUGAUAUCGUCGAACUGGCACGGGGGUUACUCCCUGGACAAAUUCCAGUUUGUGCCGUUCAUCUGGGGAUUCGCCCAGCUGUGCUACGCGGCGCCCUUCUCCCCGCAGAAAAUGCUGGACGAGGACACCAUUGCGCAAUACAGGAAGGAAUAUCUGCUGAUCGACUGUGUGGCCCAUAUGGCGAACACCUACAUCGGCACCUUUGCCCGCCACUCCAGCCAACUUUGGAGUCUGGCCGCCCUGUCCUCGUGGACGAAGAUCCAACGCGGAGUGAUGCUCAUGUACAUGGAGGACAUACUUCUGGACUUUGACAACCUGAAUGCCCUGCGAUUCGGAGAGCUGAUGUCCUUUGAGGAGGACAAGUCUGGCCGGAAACUGGGCAACGCUCGUCUGGGUGUGAUGUCUCCGCUGCGCCGCCAAAUGGCGGAGGAUCAGGAAGAGCAGGAUCAGGAGCCUGAGCUGCCUUCCGUCACUCCUUCGAUUUCCAGAUCGGAACUGAUCGAAGGCAGUAAGAAGAAGCCAGCUGUGGACAAACCCUUCAGCGACGGACUGUCCAACAGCGGACUUUCCGUGGGCAGCGACUGCUCAUCUCUCAGCGGCGUGAGUGUCCAUCUGCCCACUUGGAUGGACGACGCUCCGAGGAAUACCAAGCAUUAGGGUUACCGUGUUUUGUGCAUAAAGAGAUGAGUUUGUUAUGAAAAAAAAAGUUCCAGCAGGGCGGUUCACAUAUGUAUCGCUCUAACCCGCUUAUACGGUGCGCUUUGAGGUAUUUAAGGUACACCAAAAGGUGCCCUAACUGCCUUUAGUUAAAUAUAUUAUUUUAAAACAGGUUACCCUUCCCCAACUUAUUU